AUGAACACAACACUCCCUCCCCUGGGCCCUCUCCCCUGGGCCCUCUCCCUCUCUCGGCCCGCCGUUGCCCGUGGACGAAAUCGGGCCCCUAGCCAGCCAAUGGGGAGUGUGCUAGUGUCCGCAAGUCCCCAGCAGCGAUUCUCACCACGACGAUACAUAUUUAUGGAUCCGUUCUGCUGCCCUUCUUCGGUUUGCCCGCCUCCUGCCGCUCCCGGCCUCGUCAGUUUCGAUUCAGAUCUGCGCACGGAGUACGACGAGGCGGGUUGGGCGAGAACAGGGGAGGUGCAGGUUUCAUCUGUGUACGAUCAUCGACCGAUCGACCGUCCACCGCACGAGACUCGGUACUGA